CCGGCUCCUUGGAAGCCUCCAGCUCCUGCACAAAUGCAAGCUAUCAAAUGUGUGGUGGUCGGCGACGGGGCUGUGGGUAAGACCUGUUUGCUGAUUAGCUACACCACCAAUGCCUUCCCUGGUGAAUACAUCCCCACUGUCUUUGACAACUACUCUGCCAAUGUGAUGGUGGAUGGGAAACCAGUGAAUCUGGGCCUUUGGGAUACAGCAGGACAAGAGGACUACGAUAGGCUCAGACCACUGUCUUACCCACAGACGGUAUUCAGACCGCGUCCCCCCAGCCACACACACACACACACACACACACAUGCUCACACACACACUCAAACACACACACACACACGUAGGUCUUUCUCUCAACUAGCCGUCUCUCUGGUUCUCUCCCAGGAUGUGUUCUUGAUAUGCUUCUCCCUGGUCAGUCCGGCCUCCUUUGAGAACGUCCGAGCUAAGUGGUACCCUGAGGUGAGACACCACUGCCCCAACACACCCAUCAUCCUAGUGGGCACCAAGCUGGAUCUGCGAGAUGACAAGGACACCAUCGAGAGGCUGCGAGACAAGAAGCUGUCCCCCAUCACCUAUCCACAGGGCCUGGCCAUGGCAAGAGAGAUUGGGGCCGUGAAGUACCUGGAGUGCUCUGCGCUGACCCAGCGGGGCCUGAAGACGGUAUUCGACGAGGCCAUCCGAGCCGUGCUCUGCCCUCCACCCGUGAAGAAGAGGGGCAAGAGGUGCACCAUGUUCUGAGGAGGAGUCACUUCUGAAACACUACACUACAUCACCAUGAACAAGAACCACUACUUCUCUGAGCGGAUGAGAGGAAACUAGUGAGCGUGAGUGUGCACUGCUGAGAUUGCUUUCUUUAUAUUGAUGUUUUUUCAAAGCGAUAUUGGUAACAAGACCAAUAUUUAAUCUGAUUUUUUUUAACAUUACUGAAUAGAUUCAUAGCUUCUUUGUGAAAGACAUUGACUGUCCUCCUACUUUGUACUCAUAGAACUACAUGAAGUUGCCAUGAGGGCUGACAGUGGUUUCUAUUACUUGUCUUCAUACUACAACAUCUCUUCUUUCUCAGCCAUGCUUGCUUGAAUUAAUGUAGUGUUGACUAAAUAGAAAGUGAACUGUGAAUACGCCUUCAGGUCAGAAGUUACCCUCAGCUCCUGAUCUAAGAUCAGCAUGUGGAGACAAAACACGUACUACUGACAUGCACACAGACAUCUGUCGGAACUGACAGUGAAAACAAACUACCACUGCCUGCACCUCACUGAACGCCACAAAUAGAGCAUGAUGUCUUAGACGGAUAUAAUGUGAUACGUUGGAUGGUUUAUUACCACCUGGGUCUUGUUUUUUGGAGUUUUAGCCCCCAUUCCAAUCAGUAAUAAUGUACUUAACAAGUUAAUUAUUGAGAUUUAAGAACGCAACGUCUACUGAGCCAAGAAACUUUAAAAGAAAUCCAGCAUUUCUUCUUAAUCUUGAAGCCCUGCAUAGUAUAGAGCCCCGAGUCCAACCCUAGUUUAAGACCUUCAUUAUUUCAGUUUUAAGCUAAUAUGUUGCAUGCUACCAUAUUAUCAUAUUCAAUCAAAUUUCCACACUGAAAAUCUGGGUCCAGGUAGUGUUGUAGUUUAGAAAAGCUGUAACAUUGGACAAAGUCAAAGGAAUGACGUUAACGGGGUCUGACUGCUCGUGUCUCUGCUCAUCGCCCUUUGGACACCUCAGAAAUGACUGAAGUGAGCACAGUGUUGUUGAGACUGAUAGGAACGAUGGACAAACCUACAAACAUGUUUGUCUAUAAAGAUUGUACGGAAAGGACGCGGGCUGAGACUGAAGCAGCAGUCACAAGUCAGAGCAGUCAGAGUGGCUCUGGACUCAUUACAGGUUUUACCCAGUUUGGGCUUCUCUCGUUUAGCCUUGCACAAAUCCUCAAUCCUAAACUAACCUUAAGCUUGAGUGAGAAGGCUCAUUAUUGGCCUUGUGAAGAGUAGUUUGACAAACAUAAACCCUCUCAGUUAUGUGGUCCACUUACUUCACCUGAGCUUUUACACCUUGCUGCCUGAUCGGAGGAAGAGUUUGCCAAGACAGAGACUGUGAGAUGUGGCUGAAAACGGCUAUUUCCAUUGUCAGUGAUUAAUUUUAUAGCUCAGCUUGCAAAUAUAAUAAUAAUCUGACAAAAUGGUCUGAACUCAAAUUCCACCUACUAGCUUUUUUUCAAGCCUUCAACCGUAUCACAUGGUCUGAGAUGAUGAAGACUUCUAUAACUCAUUCACUGGGUAUUUGCUAAUGAAGCACAGGAGAUGUGGUUGAUGUCUGUGGAAAAAGCUAGCAGUUUGAGUUAAGAUCACUUUGUCACAUUACCUGAAGUUAUUUUACCAACCGGAACAUCUGACUGUUAGUGAGCAGAAACGCUGAAUCCAACGUGUGCCAUCCUUUUAUGGUGACAGAACGAGCUGUUCCUUCAGCACGGUUGUGUUCUUACUUUCAACAAGCAUCUGAUCUUAGUCAAGUGUUUUUGGGUAACUUCAUCUAACUGUGAACAUGUGACAGAUGAGCAUGCCAAACAUGGGGGCUGUACAACCUUGCUGCCUGAGUUCUGCCUCUGGGGGUGGAGGAGCUUGCAUGGGUCUUAAAAUAUUCUGUCUUAAUUUAUCCCAUUGUUUAGAUCUUGUCUCUGUUUUUCUGUGCGUGCGUGUGUGUGUGUGUCUGUGUGUGUGUGUGUGAGAGAGAGAAAAAGAGAGCAUGAGAGAGUGUGUGUGUGCGUCACAGGCCUGUACAUGGACGCCGGUGUUUGUGUGUGUGGACGAGCAUGUGUCGGUAUCAGUGAGACAGCUUUGUUCGACAGUUUGGGGUAGUGCAUAAAAGACAGUAUUGUUUUAAGCCAAGUUUUUUAGUGUCCAGUUUUUGGUACUAUUUCAUAUUGUAUUGUAGUAAUACACGAGACUUUUCAAGAAUCUGUGAACAUAAAGUAAGAAAAAAUGGAUAUUAAGACAUCCAGUGAUGUACAGAAUAAUCCUUGGAAAAAGAAUGCGUUAUGAAUAUCUAUCUACAUGUACCUGAAUAUUUAGCUCUAAAACAAUUCAAUCUAAAGGGAUUAUAGUUGCUCAUGUUGAAGUUAGAAGUGUUGCUAACAGUGUAUUAUAAAGGGGCCAAUCUUUGUGGAGUUUGUCGUUGUGGCAAACAGUGCAGAUUGCACCUUUAUGAAAUGCAUUUCUGUGUGGUUGCAGGCCUGCAGUGUGUCUGUCUCCCUCGCGAAGCGAGACGCAGCACUGCAGUCCGCUCUGUCACGCUGUCUUUGGUUGGCAUAGCAAACUGUGUGGUUGAAUCAUGUCGUGUGGUCCUGCCUAGCUAAGGUGUCGAGAUGUAGCUGAGAAAUGCAGCGAAAAAUUCUAAUCUACUAUUGCAUGGAAGUUCUCUGGUUAUUUGACCCACUAUAAUUCUUAAGAGAGGUUGUAUGAUGAAAUGCAUUGGC